AGUCCCAUCCAAUCGAAGCGCAGCGCCUUUUUUAAAGCCAACUAGCCAGCCAAGGCGUAGAGAGACCUCUGCUGGAAAUUUUCUUGGGGUAAUUUCAAUUUGCUACCCGAGAGUAGAAAGCAGGAACGAGAAAGAUCUCGAUGGAUAAGGGAAUUCAGUAAUUGAAUUUGUAGAUUUCGAGUGGAAAAUUGUUGAGAUGGCUACCUUAUCGCUAGUAGCUGGAAACUGUGGAAGAGGCAAAGGAGGUGAGGAUGGGUUCCCAUUCGAAUUUGGUUCGAAUGCGUAUUACAGUAAGGAAAUUUUCGCUAGCGGUUUUCUUAGAAGGGUAAAUACUUACAGAACGGGAAUCGGAAGUGGAUUUCGUGUCAUUGCUAAAGUUAAGAAGUGGAAGAAGCAUGAUUAUCCUUGGCCUGAUGAUAUUGAUCCCAAUAUUAGCAGUGGGCACUUGACUUACCUCUCUAACUUCAAACCACUAGCUGAGAAACCAAAACUAGUCACGCUUCCUUUUGAGAAGCCAUUGAUUGAUCUGGAGAAGAGAAUUAUUGAGGUGCGUAGAAUGGCUGAUGAAACUGGCCUAGAUUUUAGUGAUCAAAUUGGGGCUUUGGAAACCAAGUACCAGCAGGCUCUGAAAGACUUGUACACACAUUUGACACCCAUUCAACGCUUAACUAUUGCUAGACAUCCCAACAGACCUACAGUUCUUGAUCAUAUAUUCAAUAUCACCGAGAAGUGGGUGGAACUUCAUGGAGACCGUGCAGGUUAUGAUGAUCCAGCUAUUGUCACUGGUAUUGGAACUGUAGAUGGUAAAAGCUAUAUGUUCAUAGGCCAUCAAAAAGGUCGGAACACAAAGGAGAAUAUUGCUCGCAAUUUUGCGAUGCCAACUCCUCACGGCUACCGGAAGGCCUUGCGUAUUAUGAAAUAUGCUGAUCAUCAUGGUUUUCCUAUUGUUACUUUUGUUGACACCCCUGGGGCCUUCGCUGAUCUGAAAUCAGAGGAACUUGGUCAGGGUGAAGCAAUAGCCCAUAAUCUAAGGACAAUGUUUGGCCUGAAAGUGCCUAUUCUGACAGUUGUAACUGGCGAAGGUGGUUCAGGUGGAGCUCUUGCUAUUGCUUGUGCCAAUAAACUGUUUAUGCUGGAGAAUUCCGCUUUCUAUGUUGCAAGUCCUGAAGCAUGUGCUGCAAUAUUAUGGAAGUCUUCCCAAGCAGCUCCAAAGGCAGCUGAGAAACUAAGGAUAACAGCUCAAGAACAUUACAGGCUCAAAAUUGCCGAUGGCAUCAUUCCUGAGCCUCUAGGAGGUGCACAUGCAGAUCCUAUGUGGACUUCCCAACAAAUUAAGCUUGCAAUUAUCCAAGCCAUGGAGGAACUAGGGAAUAUGGACAAGGAAGAGUUGCUCCGUCACCGAAUGCGUAAGUUCAGAUAUAUUGGAGGCUUUCAAGAAGGUAUCCCAGUUGAGCCAGAGAGGAAACGCAACAUGAAGCCAUCUGAGGCCAACCAGCCAAAGACGGCUGAUAUAGAGCUGGAGCUUGAAAAUUUGAAGAAGAAGAUUCUAGAAUCCAGAAGACCAUCUGAUCCAAUUUCGAGUGACGCAAUUGAGAAGCUGAAGCAAGAUAUAGACAAUGAGAUAACCAAUGCUUUUAUUUCAAUGGGCUUGCAGGAAAAGCUUGAAUCAGUCAAGUUGGAGUUAUCUAAAGCCCCGAAUCGUCCACCUAAUCAGCCCAUCAAUCGUAACUUAAAGGAGAAGGCAGACAAAAUAAUGGAAGAAUUUAAGCAUAAUCUGUCACGACCAGGAGCUUAUCUUGGGCUAAAGCAGAAGCUUGAAAAGUUGAACCUCGUUCAUCGGCUUAACGAGCUUAAAGACAGAAAUGAGAAACUAAAAGCAGAGAUUAACCAGAAAAUUCCAGAGGAGUUAAAAGCAAAGAUGGAACUUCUAAAAAAUGCUGAAGAAAAGUUGUCCAAAGGGGACCCAUUAGAUAAGGAUUUGGUGGAGGAAGCAGAAAAAGCUAAGAAAGAGCUGAUGAAAGUUCUGAAGUCAUCUGGGUUGGAGAUUGUUGAAGUAGCCAAGAGAAAUGUGGCAACUCCACCUCCUGCUUUACGAGAGAAAAUAGAGAGAGUUAAUAAAGAAAUCUCAGAGGAAAUUGAAAGAGCGAUAGAUGCAGCAGGCGUUAGUAACAAAAUUGAGGAGUUGAGAUCAGAGAUAACGGAAGGUUCAAGUUCAGGAAAAGUUGAAAAAUUAGAAUGUGAAAUCAAGGAGAAGAUUCUUUCUGCUUUAGAUGCCAUGACAUUGAAGGAGAAGUUUGAGAAUCUAACAGUGGAGUUGGCAUCCGCCUCAGAAACAUACAAAGAUAAGGUUGCUGCUGAAAGUGGCAGUUUGUGACAUACCUUUACUGAAAGUUCGAAAGUUGAAAUUCUUUUGGUACACAGAGAGUUAUGAGUGCAUGUUCAAAGACACUGGGAUUUGUAUUUUUCAAGUAUUUUGUGUAUAUGGUGUUUGACAUCACCCUCGUGAUGGGAUAUCAUGUAAUGUUUUCCGCUAUUGAGUUAAUGUAUGAUCAGAGACAAUGAGUGUAGAAUAAAUUUUAGGGGUGACAAAGCAUUUUCUUUAA